AUCUGAGAUUAGGAUGGAGAUUAAGAGGUAUGGAAUAGGUAUAUAAGGAAGCAGAGCUGAGUGAAAGAGAGCAUCUGAAGCAAGGAGAAGCAAGAAUAGAGGAAAAAGACGACAUUUACAUACACCAAGCUGAAGAGAAGUGAAGAUCCCAUGAUGAAGGUCCUACCCAUUCUGGCCGUGAUGCUACUCGGGACGUCUGCCAUGGUGCUCAAUGGUCUAAACUCCACCGAACCGAGGCAAGUCUCUGGGAAGGUCAAGGACUUUCCUCAAUGUCCUGGCCAUUCUACCUGGUAUAAACUGGGGCACAAAUGUGUUAAGCACUUCAGGGAGGAAUUGGACUUUCAAUCUGCUGAGGGUUUCUGCCACUCUCAAAAGGACAAAUCUCAUCUGAUAUCAAUCCACUCCAGCCAGGAGAACAAGGAUGUGGACGUUUUUGCUCAGACGUUCAGCAGAGAUUCCCCUCGCAUCUGGCUUGGCGGUUUUACAGUAUCUGACCCCCUUCAGCCUCACCGCUACCUCUGGACUGAUGGGUCCCCCAUGAACUACUAUUCCUGGCUUCAGAACCCCAGGCAGCCAUCCGGUGACGGACAGUGCAUGGAAAUGAACUGGCAGCGCAAAGGGGACUGGAAUGAUAAGCCAUGCAGCCAAACCAAUUACUUUCUGUGUGCCUUCAUACCUGGUGAAAGAGAGGAAACGAAAGGAGGAGAAGAAGAGGGGAUGGUGGAAAAAGGGAGUGGGAGGUUUAUCCUUUAAAGUAGAUGACAGAUGAGCAGUAUAGCAGUAUAUACUACCUGUCAGAUACGCUUUGCAUUACAGCUUUCUCCGACAUCACGACCCCAGGACCCUGUAAAUUGUUAGAGAAAACCCACUGCUCAAAGACAAAGCCUUUGUCAGCUAAAAGUUCUCACCGUCACAGUCAGUUUCAGUCCGCCCAAAGAUUUAAUGAAACAACUGAUUGUAUUAGAAACUUCUAAACACAUUGCAUUUGAAAAUUCUAUCUAGGCCUAUUGUCAGAAAACAGUAAAACAGUUAUUUUCUUUAGGAAUGUAGUGGAGUAAAAGUAUGUUGUCAAAAAUAGAAAUAGUAAAGUAAUGUACAGAUUCCCCAGAAAACGACAUAAGUCGGACUUUACACCACUGCAGUUGAGAAUUCUAUCUAGGCCUAUUGUCAGAAAACAGUAAAACAGUUAUUUUCUUUAGGAAUGUAGUGGAGUAAAAGUAUGUUGUCAAAAAUAGAAAUAGUAAAGUAAUGUACAGAUUCCCCAGAAAACGACAUAAGUCGGACUUUACACCACUGCAUUUGAGAAUCCUAUCUAGGCCUAUUGUCAGAAAACAGUGUAACCCAAUCUAUUUUCAGGGGGAAUUGUGUUGAUAAAAUGCUGCUUCACUUGUUUGUACUAUGAAACACUGCGCAUUGCUUGACUAGCAAAUAAAAAAAGAAUACAAAAAUCUCUUCAUUAAUCAAUAAUCGUUGCAUGACUU